AUGGCGAUCUCCACAAACCUCGUUGCGGCCGUCAGGAUACCUGAACCCUCCUUGGGCGCUUCAACUCAGGAAAAUUCCAUAAUAGCUUCUAAUGCUCGGAACGUUUCUCUUGACUCUCCCAAGGUACCUGCUACAUCUUGCCCCGAGUCGCUUCACCCCACAAAGACCUGCGAGGCCCAGCCUGCAGGUGCCAAAACUUCGAAUCAAUCCGAUGCCGAAGAAACAACCAUGGCGGUUGCUGUUGCUCCAAUAAUCCCUCCCGAAAUCUCUACUCCAGACCGCGCCAUCCCAUUCAAGAACGUUGACGAAAAAGAGACGGUCCCCACUCAAGAUGUCUCUCAGGAAACUCCAGACUCACCAGCCACUCCGUCUUCCUCCUUGGACGACCCGAGUUCCAUCGAGUCACUUUCCCCUUUUGCCUACACUAUUUCCGCGGAGGAGAUAGAGUCUGCCAAGGCUAAACUUAUGGAAGAAUGGAAUGCUCGGACUGGUUCAGCUCCUCUUGACAAAAGACUGCCAUUACCUCCCACGCUGCCGAAUCUAUUCCAAUUUCACAAUGAAGACGUGUCAACAGCCUUGAAAGCUCUCACCGACAAAGGCAUCCCGGUUGUGGAAUACGAGCAGCAGAUCUUAUUCCGGUGGGGAUGGACUGAGAUUCUCAUUGUGGUAGAGUGGAUUAUGCCCGAUGAAUACCUUGACAUUGCCUCACAGACAGUAUCUGAGCAAGGCUUUGCUCUUGCCGCCAAGCCACCUCACGAGGGCUUCCCAUGGGAAAACUGGCACAAGAUGGGCCGAUUCCACGAUCUGGAUAAGGAAAGCUGGUGCCAGAUACAUCUCUACCCACUCACUGCGGUUGGCCUGGCUCUCGAGGAUACCUAUGAAGUCUUGUCUACUUUUGACCCGAAGCUACGAAUCCGAACGCCAGUGCCUGCCAGAUACAUGCUGACCAUGAUUCUUGAACUUGUUAAAGUGCCUCUUCAACCUACAAAUAAGCACCGGAUCAUCGGGGACCUCGCCGGUUUUAGUCAUGGAUACAUCUUUCACGGACCGCCGGCCGAAACUCACUAUUACGGCGAUGAGGACGAGGCAAUGGCGGAAGGGGAAUCCGGGAGCAAGAUCGAGGGUGCGGUCCAGUUUAUCAAGACUUGGGACUGGGGUCAGGUCGAGGAUGAGCGUUAUCUGGGAGUUGCCGAAAGAAUUGUGCGCAGUCCCAGGGCAAUGAGGGUACCUGGCGUUGCGAGAGAUCGUUUCACAUUUGCAUUAUUAUGCUACUUGCCCCUGUGCCUUUAUUGA